UUCCUUUCCUCCACAACAGAUAUCCUCGUAAAGACACCACGACAGCGACGGCUCUGAAACAUGGCUCGCACCAAGAUCAUAUGCAUUAUAGGCAUCACGGGAAACCAAGGCAACUCUGUAGCGCAGCGUUUCCUGCAAGACCCAGUCUACCACGUCCGCGGCCUCACCCGCAACCCGUCUUCCCCGACAGCCCAGCGCCUAUCCUCCCAAGGCGUCGAAAUCAUCCCCGCAGACCUCAAUGACAUCAAUACCCUCAUCCCCGCCUUCCACGGCGCAACCCACAUCUUCAGCGUCACCAACUACUGGGAGCCCUUCUUCCACCCGGACUCUCGACAAAAGGCCACCGAUUCGGGCCUCUCCUGCCGAAGAUAUGCCUACGAAGUGGAACUCCAACAGGGGAAGAACAUCGCGGACGCUGCCGCGCACACGGUCGACUCGCUUGACCAGAACGGGUUUAUUGUCUCGACCCUCAGCCAUGCGCGGCACUGCAGUCGGGGGGGAUUUCGGGAGCUGUACCAUUUCGAUGCUAAAGCGGAGGUUUUUCCGGGCUAUGUCGAACAGAAGUAUCCCGUUUUGGCGGGGAAGAUGUCCUGUGUCCAGACGGGGUACUUUAUGUUGAGCUAUCGGUUGAUUCCGGGGGCGUAUCUUUGUAAGAAACUGACGGGUGAGGGCAAACCUACCUUCGAGACAGCCUUCACGACCGCACCCGAUAUACCAGUCCCUCACCUCGACGUCAAUGCUGAUUUAGGGACAUUUGUCUAUGCAGUUUCGAAAAUGAAGCCCGGAAAGAGGUACAUGGCCUGUGGUUCGACCUGCAGCUGGGUGGACUACAUGCGCGUAUGGGGCGAAGUAAAUUCCGUCUCCGCCCACUAUCGACAGAUUACCCUGCCCGAGCUGAUGAACAGAACGCCCGAUCGUGAGUUUGGUCGCGAGGUGGGUGAUAUGUUUUCCUAUUCGACGGAUCCGGGCUAUGAUGGUGGCGAUGAGGGGUUGUUGAUGGCACAGGAUAUUCGUGAUGCCGGCAUUGAGUGUCCCAUGACUGGUUUGGAGGAGUGGAUGAGGAAGGAAGACUGGUCGGGUGUUUUGGGUUGAGAAUCUGGCUGGAUGGGUGUUGGCAUGGUCGGUACUUCGUAAAGUCUACAGUGUACAGUGUACAGACGUUUCUGACUUUUUGGGUGGCUUAAGUCAGAUAUCAAAAAUAGCCACAGCUGUAAAUAGUCUAGCAAUAACUAACUAACCUGGGCAAGAACGGGGGUGGAGGGAGAAGAAAAGGACGGCAAAAAAAGGAAAGGAAUUUUAAUGCAUCAUCCGUG